UGUAGCUUUAACGAGAAGUAGAUACCGCAUCCUGAGCUUGCGCUAUACAGCUGCCAACUGACGUAUUUCAUAUUUUCAACAGGUUUUGUGCAAUAAAAUGCGAGAAGUGUAUUACUGAUACGUUACAUUGUUGGAUUGUUAUAGAAUAUGGAGUCCACACCUGUCAACUACGAGAGACAAUUAUCAGAGCAGAGCAAUGUGUCUGCUGACUCUGAGUUUUCCUUGGAGGACUAUCAGAAUGAUAUCUAUGAGCAGCUGCCCAGCGUACAGAAAAGGCUGCAGAACAAGGACCAGGCAAAGGAAACUGUAGUUCACUGGAAUCCCAGUAAACCACUGAAGAUGUUGCCCCUGUGUAUGCAGGAAAAGAGGACCCUCAGGGAUAGAAAAAACUUAGAGAGGCACAGAAUUGGUUACUGGGCAUCAUGGAAGCGGAGUCAGGAAACUGCAAGACGUCGAAUGAGGGUGCAGAUGAGGAGGGCCAUGUCGAAAUUACUGCUGUGGAAAACCACCCUCCAUAACAUCGAAGGGAGAUAUGGUGUCGGGGUGAAGGCGUACUUUGUGUUCCUUCGGUACUUGCUGUUCUUAAAUUUUCUGAACUGUGCCAUCAUUGCUGGUUCUGUUUUAAGUCCCGCUCUGUACAGCAGGACCACAAGCACUUACACACACUUUUACAAAGUCUUCAGAGAGAAUGGUACAUUUUUGGACAUUUUUCUGGGCUCAGGCUUUAUGGAACAAUCUCCAGUUUUCUAUGGUUUCUACACAAAUCACAAUUUAGGCACAAAAUGUCUGAACACAGGUCUCCUCUUUUUCUUUGGAAUGCUCACCAUACUGCUCCUUAAUCUCAUCAUGAUAACACGCAGGAUGGUGGUGGGUUAUAAAAACACAUGGCUGACUGGCAUUACUUUCAAUUCAAAUAUGAGCUUUAAGGUCUUCUGUGGAUGGGAUUUCUGUAUCCGGGAGCCUGAAGCAGCCUUCCUUAAACACAACCUAAUAAGAAACGAACUGAAGAUGGACCUUGAAGAGCAGAUGUUUCGUCAGAAAGUCUUGGGGCGUUCGCUAAAGCAAUGGAUUCUCCUGUACACCCUGCGCAUUGUUCUCAACUUUGUGGUGUUAGUUCUUCUGGGUGGAUCCAUCUUUCUGAUCCAUUAUACCACCAUUGUAAGGCACCACACACCACACAAAGCCAAGGCUCCUGAGCGCGACAGAACUUCAGCUCUACAGAAUCUCCUGAGUGGCUACCUUUCUCCCAUUACAAUUACAGUAGUCAAUUUUGUGAUGCCACACUUUUUUUCUGCAAUCACAGUGUAUGAAGACUACUCCCUCACAACACAACUUAAUGUCAGCUUAGUUCGGAGUAUUGUGCUGAAACUCGGAAGCUUAGCCAUUUACCUCAUCUUCCUGUAUAGCAAACUAAAGGACAAACCGUGUGGAAUGACUGAGUUUGGAAAGGAAAUGUAUAAGCUCACUAUAUUUCAACUCUUGGCAUCUUUCUGCAAUACGUUCUUGGUAGCAUAUCCUAGAAAGUUGUUGGUGGAGAAAUGCUUAUCCUCUAAUUUGUUAAGGAGAGUGGGCAAGCAGCAGUUUGUGAUCCUGCUGAACGUGUUAGAUCUGGUGUACAGUCAGACAGUCACUUGGGUGGGAGUUUUUUCUUGUCCUCUCCUGCCAGCCAUCAGCAUUAGUAAGCUUGUGGCAAUCUUCUACAUCAGCAAAUUCAACCUGUUGCGAUGUUGUGACCCAGCUCGUAAAAUUUUCAGAACUGCCAGUUCUUCGGUUCUGUUUCAUUUAAUGCUCUUGCUGGGCCUCAUCAUGUCCGCCAUCAGUCUUUGUGUCAGCAUAAUGACAAGCAGUGAAAAUGGCAUUUGUGGCCCUUUUCAAGUGAACCAGACUUUGCAUAAUGUGACCAAAAUCUGUGUUGAAACACUCCCGUCUGCUGCACAGGAAGGCAUACGUUACAUGACAUCUGAAGCUUUUGCAUUCAUUCUCAUAUUAACAGAGAUUAUUGUUCUGACGUCUUAUGUGUCUCGUGGACGAUCCAAUAAGAAGGCCAUGGAGAGGCUCAAGGACAUGCUUGUUAUGUGCAGCUCAGACAAGCGUUAUCUGGUACAGCAUCAAGCCACAUUGCUCAGGCGACAGAAGACCAUCAAGCGCUCUAAUAUAGUGGCCUCACAGCAGUGAAAGGAUUCUCCUGUACCAGAGAGCACAAGUCUCACCUCUGUAUUGCUUAACCUAACCAAUAUGGGCCUUGGAGCUAUAAUGCAACUGUCUACAAAACAUGCAGAUGAAUAAGCUACACUCUGCUUAUAUAUAUAUAUAUAUAUAUAUAUUAAAAAAAAAGAAACUGAGAUUGUCCAAUAUUUUGUCAAUCAUGCUUGAGCAAAAGGUGUCAGCACUUUUAAUGUUCUCUUAAAUGUAUUGUAUGUUUUGUUUUUAGCCAGACUCAAAAGUGUCAAUGUAGAACAAAUUAGUGAUUUACAAAUGUGCUGCCUCUUAUAAUCCUUCUGCAAAUGAAAUGCUAUGAUUAUUCUAGAGGCAUAAUAGUAUUUCCAGGACUCUCACCUGUGCGCAAGCCUACACAGUGUAAGCAUAAUACGUUAUGUUUUCAACAUUUUUUACAAUUUAUAUAUUUAGAUAUUUUUCUAAUUGAUAUUGAUAUUCUCGUCAAACGAGAAAAACAUAGUUACAUGAAGUACCAGAAUAAUGUAAUGGCUGCAUUAUUCAUAUAUUUAAUACAGUAUUUUGGUAUAGCAAACAUAGUUACCAUGAACUAGGGCAGUAAAACUGUUAUAGUAUCAUAUUUCAGAGUUACCUUAGUAGUUACCCUAGUCAGUCUUCAGUGUAUCUUUAUAAGAGAUUACUAGAUUUGACUUCAGACAAAAGGAGUCCGACUCAUUAUAUGAACAAAACUCUGCACGCAAAAAGUAAGGAUUCUGCAGGUGAUUUAUAAAAAAUAAUUGCGUGGAUCAGAUCAUAUGCCUGGUUCAACUCAGGGAAAUAGUAAUAUGUAAGUUUCUUUAUUACAUGUACUCAAGCUAAAGGCAGUGUGACAGCUGGAAAAACUGUACAAAUGACUAUAUUUAUUAAUGUAUAAAUGUGUGUCAAUGUGUCAAUAUAUAUAAAUGUGUCUCUGUUUAGAUGCUUUCAAUGUGCAAAUAAGCCAUGAAUAUUAAAUAUCAACAAAUACUUA